CACAAAGACAUUCACACACAUAUAUAUAUAUACACACAUACAUACAUACACGCGAUCAACUUUUUCUUUUUUAUUCUUCUGCUUCACAUCAAAGUUAAGUUACAACCAUGGCCACUUUCUCAAGUAAGACUUUCAAUAGCGCACUCUAUCAAUCUUUCCGUCCAGGAUAUAAUGCCAAUUUCUUCAAGAUGGUAUACGACUACCAUUCACGCAAUCAUGGCCAGUUUGAUGUGGCUGUUGAUGUUGGCACAGGUACCGGUCAAGUCGCGUCCGUUUUGGCUGAAAAGUUCAAGCAGGCCUAUGGUGUGGACGCUUCGGAAACCAUGCUAGCUUCUGCAGUCCAGAAGCCCAAUCUCACUUAUUACGCCAAUAAAGGGGAGGAUCUAAAGGAUAUUUCAUCAGGAUCAGUGGAUGUUCUGACGAUUGCGGAGGCUAUUCAUUGGCUCGAUCGCCCAAAGUUCUUCUCAGAAGUCAAGCGUGUUCUCAAACCUCAUGGGACCUUUGUAGCUCUGGGUUACGGAUUUCCAGUAUUUGAGAAAUAUCCUCGAGCUAGUCAGCUGAUUUUUGAAUUGGGAAAUGAACCAGAUAAAUUGGGACCCAUUUGGGAAUUGGGUCGGUUGAUCGCGGAUAAUUUGUACAAGUGUAUUGAGGUUCCUUUGGAUGAUGUAGAGCGACAUUAUUUCCCUAAUAACAAGGACGGUUAUCCUUUACUCAUGUCGGAACAGGUGUCGAUGGAGCAUUUCCGAAACUAUCUCAAGACUUGGUCAGGAUACAAGACUUUUAGUGAAAGGCAUCCUGAACGACCUGAUAUUGUUGAUGAGACCAUUGAGGCCAUCUUGAAAGAAGAGGGCCUGAAGAAUGAGGAUGUUGUUGAUGUCACUUGGCCCACAGUCCUCAUCUUGGCCAGGAAUAACGCAUAGAGCAAAAGCCGUAGAGCAAAAAGCAUGGAAUAUAAGGCAUAGAACAAGACGUAAAAGAUUUUUUUCCUUCUUCCUUGUCAGAGGGGAUAGAUGUAAAUGGCAAGAAAACAUGUAGAUGAAGAUCUUGAACUAUGCAGGAGCCUAAAAUAUAUUUUUUCAAGGGCUAUAUCAU